CCCUGAACGCAGCACUCAGCAGAUGAAUUGAGUCUUGGGAAGGACAUUGACAACAAAAAUGAUCAUCGAUCGAAAAUGACCUCGUAAGAAUGAUUAUACACUCAUUCGUGGACGGGAAAAGACGUUGUCUGUGUCAGACUUCUGACUGACAUUUAACUGGUUGGACAACGGUGAAAGAGGCCAGAGUUCCUAGUCAUGGAGGCUCGCUUUGGUAACAUUGUGUUUAGCUCCAAGUUUGACUCAGGAAACCUGGCACGAGUUGAAAAGGUGGAGAAGCGCAAGACGAGCCCUCCCUCUGACACGGCCUCCAGUGGGAGCUCCUCCUCGGGGGGGCAGCUCACCCCCGACUAUGAGUUCAAUGUGUGGACGCAGCCGGACUGCGGCGGGACAGAGCACGAGAAUGGAAACAGAUCAUGGUUUUACUUCAGUGUGCGGGGGGCGACAUCAGGGAAGUUGAUGAAGAUUAAUGUGAUGAACAUGAACAAUCAGAGGAAGUUGUACAGCCAGGGCAUGGCUCCUCUCGUGCGCACAUUACCUGGCAAAAACCGAUGGGAAAGAAUUCGGGACCGACCCACAUCUAAGAUUGUGGAUAACCAGUUCAUCCUUUCAUUCACUCAUCGGCUCUUGGAAGUGCGAGGGGCUACCACCUACUUCUCUUUCUCCUAUCCUUUUUCCUACACCGAGUCCCAGGAGAUGCUGCAGCAGCUGGAUGACAGUUACCCCAAUGCUGCCCAGCUCAGUCCAAGCAGUGCACCUGGUGCUGUGUAUUACCACAGAGAGUUGCUGUGCUACUCUCUGGAUGGUAACAGGGUGGAUCUUCUCACUGUGACCAACUGCAACGGCAUGCAGGAUGAGAGAGAAGUCCGUCUGCCCAAGCUGUUUCCUGAUGACAACACUCCAAGACCACAUCGCUUCUCCAGCAAGAGGGUGUUUUUUCUUAGCAGCCGUGUGCACCCAGGGGAAACUCCCUCAGCUUUUGUUUUCAACGGUUUCCUGAACUUCAUCCUAAGAAGAGACGACCCACGAGCAAACAUGCUGCGCAACAUGUUUGUGUUCAAGCUCAUUCCCAUGCUCAACCCAGACGGGGUCGUCCGCGGACACUACAGAACUGAUUCCAGAGGUGUGAACUUGAACAGACAAUACUUGAACCCCAGCCCUGAGCUCCACCCCUCCAUCUAUGCAGCCAAAACCCUAUUGCUCUACCAUCACACACACAACCGCCUGCACAGCGCCCACAGUAACAGCAGCACCAACCUGCAGCCUGCCCCCCUCAACAGUAAACCUGCCAAUCACAAUCAGGGCCCCCCCCUCACUGCUCUGGAAGUCAGCUUGAACCAACGUAACGUAGAGAAAGACAUAAACCCGGCUCCGCUAGAGGUUCCCAUGGUGAUGGAGGAGAACACCUGGACCACCGCAGAGAUGGGGAAAGGGCGCCAGAACUGCUCUCCGAGUUUCCCAGAGACUGUAGCUGCUGUCACAGAACCUGAAACGGUGCCACAAGUGGCACAAGAGGAGGACGAGUCGGUGCCGCCCCAGGAGGGCGGGGUGGCGUAUUAUGUGGACCUGCACGGCCACGCCUCUAAACGUGGAUGCUUCAUGUAUGGAAAUAAUCUUCCUGAUGAGAGCCAGCAGGUGGAGAACAUGCUGUAUCCGAGGCUGAUUGCUGUCAACUCUGCCCACUUUGAUUUCCUGGGCUGUAACUUCUCAGAGAAAAACAUGUACGCGCGCGACAAGAGGGACGGCCAGUCUAAAGAAGGCAGCGGCCGCGUCGCCAUUCACAAGGCAAUAGGGCUUCUUCACAGUUAUACUUUGGAGUGCAAUUAUAACACAGGAAAAACCAUGAACACUAUUCCACCUGCCUGCCAUGACAAUGGACGCGCAUCCCCCCCUCCAGCUUCAUCAUUCCCUCCAAAAUACACUCCAGAAAUAUUUGAGCAGGUGGGACGUGCAGUGGCUGUUUCAGCCCUCGAUGUGGCCGAGUGCAACCCUUGGCCUCGCCUGGUGCUGUCUGAGCAUACCUGCUUGACCAAUCUCCGAGCUUGGAUCCUCAAGCAUGUCCGCAAUACCAAAGGCCUGAACACGCACAUCCACGCCCCCCCGAGAGCGUCUAACAACGGAACCAAGGCGUCGCCGCCAAAAAGUUUCAACACCAGCUGCCUGUCAGCAUCAGCGUCAGAGAACGCCGUCGGCCACGUCCGCUGCAACAGCCACACUAACAGCGGUCAGACACCGUCUCCGAAAAUGCACAGCUCUCCGAGUUUUACCUUCGGCUGCCCUCCGCCCAGAACCCACGCACAGCACAACAACACGCACGCCAGCGGCCGCGGAGGCAACAAGACGCUCGGUCCAGUCAGGGACAUUAAGCCUCAGGAGAAGAGACGUCCCUCCCACCAUCGCUCCAUCCUGCGGUCUCCCAGCAACAGCCACACACCCUCCCGCCCCCCUCUGUCACCCCCUUCCUCCUCCUCCUCCUCGUCUUCCUCCGUGUGUGCAGCAGGUUCCUGUCCCCUCCCAGCCUCCGUCAGUAUGACAGGCAUCAGCUGCCCAGAUUUAAAGGCUGGUGCUGCCAGUUCAGUGAGCUGGUCCAGAAUCCCUUUCUCCACGCGUUCUGGGCGCGCAGGCCGAGGUUGCCGAACUCAUGAAACGAAUAGUCGCCCUGCAGAGACGUGUAGAGAGACUUCUAAAGACUCGGUGUCUCAACAUAUCCUGUCAUCCAUCAAAUUUCGCAAGUGUGAUCUCCACCUGCCCAUGAGCCACAUUCCCAUCUGGAGGAUGGGGUCGACGGAGACCCCUCCCAAACACGGCAAUAAAACAUCUCACAACUCGCCGGGGAAUAAGAAGGUGUCGGCCAACGUGAAGCUGCUCAGGCCCGGCCUCCACAGGCACCUGCCGAUCUCGGCAGGUGUAUCAGAGAAAAAAGAUGCUACACAGCUAGCGUCUAAAUCCCCGGCUGUGGAGAGCACAGACAGGAGUGUCCAUUAUGAAGCAAAUGUUAUCAUAGAGGCCGCGCCACCAGUGGACGGAGCUCUGCAACAGGCUGAGGAGACCACAGCGAUGCCUAUCCCAGAAGUUGUGAACAUGUGCGAGGCAGCGCCCCUCUGUGGAGAAGCCUAGAUACUCCACCAAGACUGAGGAUCUCUUCUUUAGGCCUUUCCUUUUCCUCCUAACUGUGAAGCUUUCUGUGGACCACUUGGGAUUCUGCAGACGCACACACUGGCCUAUGUGUAGUGCCUUCUGGGUCAGCUGCAGCAUGUCAUCAAAAUACAGUACAAUAUAGAGGCGUGGUUAACAGUUUCUCCUGCAAAGUCCUAAAAAAAGCGUAUAUUUUAUUUAUUUUUUUUGCUUACGAUCUGGUGGUGAGAUGAGUUGUCAGCCAUGUGAGUAAUGAAAUUAAUGUUGCACAGGCAGACACAAAAACCAUGAAUUAGCACUAAAAUUACAUUCCAUAAAAAUAAAAAACGAGUAAGAAUGUCGUCAGGAGAGCCUUGUUUGACGUGCAAUAGAAGAAUUUUGUCUCUUUGAAAGGUUUCCUGAGCAAGCGUGUUCUUUUCAGCCAGCAACUGCCCAUUAAAAUCACUGAGCAAUCUUACUUUUCACAGGAGCAGCUAAAGGUUAAGUGCCUUUCUUCCACAACAAAGACCUUCCCCCCACAGAUCUGUACCAUUUAAAGUGUUAUUGAAAUGUUCCAGCUCUCAUUACUGCACUUAACAUAUUGUUUUAAGCCCUUCUAUCUGCUCCAACACAGGAAUAUUAAAUGCACUCUGACCAACACUGUCACGCACCGGUGAACCUCUAGUAACCCACUCCACUCGUGCCGUCACUGCAGAGAGGGGAAGCUUUGUUCACAAUACCGAGCACAACAGCACAUUUUAAUGACUAUUAUCAUAGUGGCUGAUGACACAAAUAUAAGUUAUGUGUAAUUAUCUGAGAUUGUGUUUGAAGAGUAGUGUAAAUAAAGUUAAUUCCUGUGGACUUGUGACAUUUAGAAUUGAAAAAUCAAUCGUGCAGUCCUAGAGUAGAUAUCUGAAACAAGAUUUGUUUUCUUUAUUCAGAAGACAUAUCACUGAUGUUAAUUCUUUGACUUGAGAUCAACUUUGUUUGAGCCAAGUGAUCGUUUUAAGAUAAAUUCAGACUUGUGCCCAGAGGGUAUUAGUUAGGAAGGGCAUGAAAAACCCCAUGGUACGGUAACUUGGAGCAGUGUUUCCCCAACCCUGGUCCUCACGCACACUGUCCUGAAGGUUUUAGAUCAGGGGGGUCAAACUCAUUUUGCUUGGCGGGCCGGAUUUGACCAAUUUUUUUCUCAGGGGCCGCACGCUCAAAAUUACGACGGAGUAUUAGGGCCAAACUAAGACAAAAAAAAUUGGAAAUUACGAGAAUAAAGUCAUAAUAUAAUGAGAAUAAAGUCGUAAAUUUACCAGAAUAAAGUCGUAAUGUUGCGAGAAUAAAGUCGUAAUAUUACGAGAAUAAAGUCAUAACAUUACGAUAAUAAAGUCGUAAUAUUAUCGAGAAUAAAGUCGUAAUAUUACAAGAAUAAAGUCGUAGUUUAUGAGAAUAAAGUCGUAAUAUUAUGAAAAUAAAGUGGUAAUUUAUCUUGUGAAGUUAUAUAUAUAAUAUAUUUAAUAUUACGACUUUAUUCUCGUAAUAUUAUGACUUUAUUCUCGUAAUUUUUUUGUCUUAGU